AACCAAAAAAAACUACAGCCGUGAAUUUAGAGAAAGGGCAAAACUAACUCUUUUAUACGAUCCUACACCGGAAAGAAAAGCUUUAGACCGAGGUUAUGACGAUAUCGAGAAAGAGGACACUUACAACAAUCAAAUGUAAAACGGAGAUAUGUAACAAUUAUGAUUGGAAUGAAGACGACGAUGACAUUUUUGCUUCCAUAAGCAUCCAAGAAAUCCUACAUCAAGAUGUGAAGGUGAAUAAUAAUUUUCCCCAUACGUCUAAGUUCCCAGUAAAUAAGCAGAUAACCCAGGGUAACCAAAGAGACAAUAUUAGUGGGUACUCCAAGAGCUUGGUGCUGAGAGAAACUAAUGUUGCAUUAGGACUAGGAGAACGGCCGGAGUUGGGAGAAGACAAAAACACAGUUGGCGUGAGUGUAAUUUCUAUUGAAAACGAAUCGGAAGAAGUGAAAAGUAAAGUGAAUCGAGAUGAAGUGGGCAAGGUGAAUAAUCCGGAAAGUUCGCUUGUUUCGGAAGAAAAAAUGAUUGCUGAAAAAAUCAGGCAAAAUGAUGGAGCAACUGAGCAAUGCGUCGACAUUCUCCAACUCUGUUUUCUUAACGCUGCAUUGGCAGAGUUCGCAUUAGUUUGAAUAACGGUGCUAACACUAAAAUUGAGGAAGAUACUCUGAGGCGAACAGAACGCAAUUAAAGAAAUAAGAUAAAAAUUUAUAUGAAAUUACAACAGUAUUAAUUCAUUUCAUAUAACACAAAUUUACGCCGGCGCAAUGAAAUAGUAUUUCACGUUGGCAC